UAGACGGAGCUGUAGACAUGAGGGAAACACAUUUUUUCCUCCCUUGGAAGAAAUGGGCCACCCCGGCCCACUUGUGGGAGAAGUGCGAAGGACGCCGGCGGCUGCAGCCACGAGAGGAUGUCAGGAGGAGACAUGGCCAAACCCCUCCUGGGCCAUCGCAGCGUGGAGGGGGAGCAGAGCRUGGCGCCGGCCGCGGGCCGCACCGUCGGGGUGCUGGGCAGCGGCGACUUCGCGCGCUCCUUGGCCAUCCGCCUCGUCUGCUCCGGCUUCAAGGUGGUGGUUGGGAGCCGCAACCCGAAGCGCAAGGCCGGCCUCUUCCCCUCGGCAGCAGAGGUCACCUUCCAGGCCGAGGCRGUGAAGAAGACGGAUGUCAUUUUCGUGGCUGUGUUCAGGGAACAUUACACCACGCUGUGCGACCUGGCUGAUGUGCUGGCUGGCAAGAUACUGGUGGAUGUCAGCAACAACACUGAGAUCAACCACCACAGAGAGUCCAACGCGGAGUACUUGGCUUCGCUCUUCCCCGCCUGCACCGUGGUCAAGGGGUUUAAUGUAAUUUCUGCGUGGACGUUGCAGUCAGGUGCCAGGGAUGGAAAUAAGCAGGUUCUGAUUUGCUCCAAUAACCAAGAAGCCAAGCGCAUUGUAGCAGAAAUUGCUCAAGUCAUGGGAUUCACCCCUGUGGACAUGGGCUGCAUGUCAUCAGCCUGUGAGAUUGAGAACAUUCCCCUUCGCCUCUUGCCAGCUUGGAGAAUCCCCAUCUUUUUGGCUUUGGGGCUCUUCCUUUGUUUCUUUACUUACAACUUGGUGAGGCAGGUCAUCCACCCGUACAUCAGGGAGCAGAAGAACAAGUUCUACAAGAUCCCCAUCGAGGUGGUCAACACCACCCUGCCUUGYGUGGCCUACGUCAUGCUGUCCCUCGUCUACCUGCCCGGGGUCCUGGCGGCCUCUUCGCAACUCUACUACGGCACCAAGUACAGGCGCUUUCCGGACUGGCUUGACCAGUGGCUCCAGCACAGAAAGCAGAUCGGCCUGCUGAGCUUCUUCUUUGCGGCCCUGCACGCCGUGUACAGCCUGUGCCUGCCCCUGCGCCGCUCGCACCGCUACCAGCUGAUUGAGACGGCCGUCAAGCAGGCUGUGGAGAAGAAGAUGAAUAUCUGGGUAGAGGAGGAAGUCUGGAGGAUGGAGAUUUAUAUCUCCGUGGGUAUAAUUGCCCUGGGCUUGCUGUCGUUACUUGCCAUCACGUCGCUGCCGUCCAUCGCAAACUCUCUCAACUGGAGGGAAUUCAGUUUCAUUCAGUCCACGCUGGGGUUCCUCGCCUUGGUGAUCAGCACCCUGCACACGCUCACGUACGGAUGGUCGAGGGCCUUCGACGAGAACCAGUACAAGUUCUACCUGCCUCCCACCUUCACGCUCACGCUGCUCGUGCCAUGUACUGUGAUCCUAGCCAAAGUGGUCUUCAGUUUGCCCUGCGUCCACCAGAGACUCCUGCGGAUCAGGAGGGGCUGGGAAAAGGGCAGAUACGUGAAGUUCGUCCUGCCCAGCGCCACUGGGGAUUACUCCAGCGGGGAGACCUCUAGCAAUGUCUAGCCAAGCCCCCGGUGUGGCAGAGGAUUUCAAAGCACUAUCGACAUUUCUAUAAAGGUGUUUUUCUUUUUUUUUUUCUCCUUAAACAUAUAUAUGUUUUGGUAUAAUUGUAUGGUGGGUAAAUAAUAAAAUUUGGUGAUUUUAGAGAACGGAUUAUCAUGAAAUCAGGUUAGACUAUUUAAACCAUACUGCUGGGUUGCUUGCACAGUUACUGCCUUAACUAGCACCACUGAAGCUGAGCUAGCAGCACUGUUACAUGUGGAAACCAAGGGGGUACGGUCAGAUCAGUCACCUGCAAGGGUGGCUGGCAUCUCUGCCCUGCUCCUCCAUUGCUCCCCCAGCCACUCUCACAAAUUUCACUACUUGUUGGUUGCUUCAUUGGCUUUUGGGUUUGUUUUUCCUUAAUAAUAUGGAAGAACACAGAUUUUGAGGCCCCUKUGUCAGGGAAGGAAUCCAGCCUCUUGUGGCUGACCAGCCAAUGCAGUGAGGUUUAGGAACAUGAGCUGUGUCUGCUUGUGGUCCCCUCGGUGAACUCCACAGCCAAAUGAGAACAAGGUCCAUGUUACGUAGUAUCCACCGUGAUUUUGGCAAAAGUAUCCGGCAAGUCCAAGCAGUGCCUGUCUUUCCAAGCACACCAGGGCUCCUGGUAGCUGUCUGCUGCUGCACAUUUAUAAGCUGUGGAAGCAAAUCCCCUUUUCCAGCAGCACAGCAGCAUUUGAAGAGCCACGUCCCUAACGCUCAUGCCUCUCUGUGCUGCAGUGCCUGAGAUGACACCUGCUGCUGCCAUAUGUUGUUUUAUUAAACCAAAGCUUCAGGCAGUAUUUGAUGGAAAUACAGUCAAGAUCAUUAUCAGAGAGGUUUGCUGCUUCAUGCAACUGCAUGGAGAACACCAAGGCCUUCUAUCAAAUAAUACUGCUAAGCUUUCUGAAAACACUGUCAUCAUUUCCAUUCGUGCAGACAAAAGAGCAGCUCGGAAACCAUUGGUUUCAGGAGCAGUGGUAAGAUUUUUGUAUCAUCUUGCAAAGGUGUUAAUGAGUCUUGGCCACAAAGAAAAUACAGCAAAUGUAUAUUUGGGGCAAGGACCUUCAUUGCCUUGCACCUUGAAAAGUCACUGACUAGAUUGCACAGCAGGUAUCACGUGCUGUUCUUCCAACUUUGCACCACCUUGGAUGAGCUGCAAGGCAACGAGGAAUUCUGUCCUAAGUUCACUUUCCUCCUGUCUCUUCCCACCCCCUCAAGCCCUCGUUCUUUAUCAGAACAGUUCUGCAGCUUGGGGAUGAUCCACACCAUGUGAAUGGAGAAUACAGAGCUGCUCUUCACAAAAGCUUGCCUAAAAGCAAUCAAGACGACACGAGAAGAUUGCUCAGAAGGCCAGGUGAAAGGACAUGCUUGAAAUAGCCUGGUUUGCCUACAGUUAAGUAAAAGACAAUCAAUGUUGAACAUUGCUUUGAAAAAAAUGAUCRUUGUCGCUAUCAAAUAAGGUCUGCUUAAUGGGCAAGAAAGUUCCUGUUAUUAGGCUAAUAGAAGCGGGGGAAACGGAUCWAUUUGAGGCCACAUCAGGCCUUCCAGAGCCACUUUUGCCUCUGUGACCUGGGUGAUUUUGUGACAGAAGAUUUUAUGAAUUCCCUGUUGAGCCUCAAACGACUGCAGAGUUCUGUUUCCGCUCCUGCUCAGGCUGCCGGUGCCGAGGGAUUUCCGUUCCGGGGGAAGAUCUGCACUGAAGUCUCCAAACAGCGAGUCCUUGCCCUCAAUGAAGGGGGUCAGCACGAGGGAAACCCUAAGGUUUCACAGCAAGUCAGCUAGCGAUUCUGUUGCAGAAGGGGGAAGUUCCCAACCUCUCCUGCCGGCCCUUUCAGGAAGUCGGUUAUUCCGACCUCACCACCACAACUAGGCCCAGAUCAGCCACUGAUAAGAACACCCACCCCACAGAUACAUUCAUCAGUGGUGUUUGCAGCGGAGCAGGAGGUUAAGCUGCACGGCUGGGACAGUCUCACAUGAUGGGAACCAUUCCACCCGCUCCAGCGCCACUCGCCUUGAGGAAAAAAUCGGCUUCCGCAAGCUGCUGCUUUCCACACUCUGCCCCGUUUCAUCAGCAGGCGAAGGGCAAAAUGUCUGCACAUUUCCUAGCGAUGAUAAAGGCAAUUAAUACGAUUUAAAAGCCUUUUCCUCCACAGCCAAGCUUCUUUUCACUUCCCUAGGUGAGGCAAAACUACUGCCCCUUGCCGGAAGGAGUGGGAAGCAGGGAAGGGAUAAUCUGCAGGGGGAAGGGGAGGUUUUGGGGCGACACCAGACUCCCCUCUCCUCCCGGCAGGACCCAAGCGGGCUCCGUGGCUCUGUGCAGCCUGCGCCACCACAUUCCCAUUCCCAC